AAAUACUUUGCUUAUACCCUCGUUAAGAUUCAGUUUUGGCAUCUCGGACACACCAACACAAUCUCUUUCUUCAUUUGCUUGGAAGCCAUGGCUGCUUUUCAAGAAGGUUUAAGCGAGGAUGCUUUUGUACUUAACCCAGAAAAGGCAAGUUUGUUUGAUCUGCUGAGCCUACUUUUGUCUCCUCAAUUGGAAAACAGAAGAUUCAUAGAUUGUCCUGGGAGUGGGAGCCAACAUCAAAGCUUUCGGAAGCGAUGGACCAUCUUCGUGUCUGUUAUUGUUCAGAAACUCCUCUUUUGGGCAACGAAGCCUAUGGCCUUUAUGGGGAAUUCCAUCGAGAUGGGGCUUAAUCUCUUAUCUGCCAACGCUGAUCCCUCUCAUCUCCUACUAAAUCUUGCAACAGGGAAAUUAGAAUGGCCAAAGAGAUCAUCGGCGACUUUUACAUCGAGCAUAGGAAGCACUGACGUCCGCACUGAAUUAGAUCAAAGCAUUAAAGCUGGUGACCCAAAAUACAAAGCAUCACUGUCUGCAAUGGCUUCCAAGAUAUCCUAUGAGAAUGAAGCCUUUGUUGAAACCAUAGUCACCCAACUUUGGAAGAUGAAAUUCGUGAAGUUUUAUAAUUUCUGGAACGAUUGCAGGGAACGUGAUUCGACCCAAGCGUUCAUUCUCCAGGACACACAAGCAAACCCCAACCUGUUUGUGGUUGCAUUUAGAGGUACAAGCCCAUUCGACGCCGACGACUGGCGAACCGACGCCGAUCUUUCCUGGUGCAAGCUUGAAGCCAUGGAUAACUCCAGGGCCCAUAACGGUUUCAUGCAAGCUCUCGGCUUGCAAAAGAACAAGGGUUGGCCUGAGGAAAUCGAACAAGUCAACAAUGGCGGACACCAAUUUGCUUACUACACUCUUAGAGAAAAGCUUAGGGAAAUUCUGCAAGAGAACGAAGAAGCGAAGUUUAUACUGACCGGACAUAGUUUGGGUGGGGCUUUAGCCAUCUUGUUUCCUUCGGUGCUAAUGUUACACAAGGAGAAAUGGUUGUUGAACAGAUUGGAUGGGGUUUACACCUUUGGUCAACCAAGGGUCGGGGACGAGAAAUUUGGGGAAUAUAUGAAGGAGAACAUGAGAAAAUUUGAUGUCAAAUAUUUCAGAUAUGUUUACUGCAAUGACAUGGUCCCUAGGGUUCCUUACGAUGAUAAAAACACCUUGUUUAAGCAUUUUGGACCUUGCCUCUUCUUCAACAGCUUCUACGUUGGAAAGGUUUUACCGGAGGAACCGAACAAGAAUUACUUCUCUUUGCUAUGGGUGAUACCGAAGGUGGUGAACGCAAUUUGGGAGCUUAAUAGAGGCUUCAUUUUGCCUUACAUGUACGGUCCAAACUACAAGGAAGGUUGGUUUUUGAGAUUGUUGAGGUUAACUGGGUUACUGAUACCAGGAUUGUCUGCUCAUUCCCCUCAAGAUUAUGUCAACUCCACUCGAUUGGGAACCUUGCCGGAUAAUCAACUACGUGUACACCAACUUACAAGAGAUUGAUGACAUCAAUGAAAACAGAUAAUUUAUAAUUUA